CUUUUAGCAGAAAUUUUGCUGAACAAGCCCUAGCCCAUGCCAUCUUCAUCCCACUAGAGUAAGGUGAGAUUUAGCAUUUUUCUUCCUUCUCCUAGCAAGGGUUAGAAAUUUAUGAGUUUAUGAUUCUUAAAAUCAUGAUAAAAACCCAGAUCUUGCUGUUGGUAUCCUUCCAUUUUCUAGUCCAUGUCGGGUGUGAGGAGAGGCUACCAUUUUUCCAACACUUUCGCCAUGGAAUGCAAGAUCAAUCGAUAGUUGGUGCUCUGUCUACUCAUUAUCUACUUCUCUCUCAAUCCCUCUAUCUGCAGCGGUGAAGUUUUUGAGUUGAGUUUCUUCGCACCAGGCAAAUCCUCCAACUACUACAUAGGCAUGUGGUACAAGAAACUGUCUGAACAGGCCAUAGUUUGGGUUGCAAAUAGAGAGAAACCAGUCCACGAUUAAAAUUUUUCAGUUUUAAAGAUUUCUGUUGGUAAUUUGGUUCUUUUCAAUGAAUCCCAAGUUCCCAUUUGGUCUGCAAACAUAAGGUCCAUUGAUUCAAGUUCUGUGGAAGCUGUUCUUGGGGAUGACGAGAAUUUAGUUCUGAGAAAUGGGCCUAAUUCUAAAUCCUAUAAUUCUACAUCCUAUCCUAUUUAUGGCAAAGUUUUGAUUUUCCUGUUGAUACAUGGCUUCCUGGUAUGAAGAUCAGGAUCCUACUCCAGGACUCUUUUAUAUUCAGCUUGAUCCAGAGGGGUCCAAUUCAUAUAUCAUACGGUGGAACAGGUCUGAACGGUACUGGACUAGUGGAUCCUGGGACUGGGAACGAAAGAUCUUUAACUUGGUUCCUGAAAUGAUAUUGAAAUACAUCUACGAUUUUAGCUAUAUUGACAACGAAAAUGGAAGCUAUUUCACAUAUUCUAUCGAAGAUUCUUCUAUUGUAUCUAGAUUUGUUAUGGAUAUUUCAGGACAGGUUAAGCAGUUGUCUUGGUUGAAGAGCACCCAGAAAUGGAAUUUGUUCUGGUCACAGCCUAGACAACAGUGUGAGGUUUAUACAUUUUGUGGGGCAUUUGGCAGUUGCCAUGAGAAUGCUUUGCCUUUUUGUAACUGCAUGCAAGGGUUUGAGCCAAAAUCGGACCAUGAUUGGGACUUGAAAGAUUAUUCUGGUGGAUGUGUGAGGAAAACCCAACUGCUGUGCCAGAAUCAAAGUCACGUUAAUGGGAAGAGUGACAAAUUUUGAGUAAACUCCAACAUGGCAUUACCGAGGCAUCCAUAAACUGCCACGGCCGGAAGCAUCGGGAGUGUGAAUCCACCUGCCUGAGGAACUGCUCCUCCACUGCUUGUGCUUAUGAGAACAAUGGGUGUUCAGUUUGGUAUGGGGAUCUCUUGAAUCUACAACAGCUUGCAGGUGGUGGAGUAAAGGGAAAACUACUAUAUCAGACUUGCAGCUUCUGAAUUUUCAAGUUCCAAAAGCAAUAAAGCAGUGAUUAUUGGUGCUGUUGGAGGUUCAGUGGGACUACUUCUGUUUGCCUUUUUGAUGCUUGUAAGAUUCAGGCAGAGAAAGAGAACAAACAAAACUAUAAAGGUAGUGUUUACACCCAUUUUUGCAAAAUAGUAUAAUGAUUUCACGUGUCAUCCAUGUUGGUAGAUAUUUCAUUAGUUGAAAGUUGUUGGAGUAAAUCUCUCUGGAUAAGGUUGAGUAGUUAUUUCCACAACUACAGCAAGGUUGUUGGUUUGUUGCGAACUUCCAGGAGAAUAAUUGGCAGAAUCAACAGAAUAAUCAGUUUGUUUCAGAUUUCAUGCUGCUGUUGAUUGUCAAGUUGUUGCCACAGAUUUCCAAGCAUGCUGCCAAGGGUGUUUACUGCUAUAAAGAUGCAAAGAAGAAAUGAAGCGAAGGAGACCAGCCUCUCACACAACUAGCCUAGUGUUAUCUACAUUUUAAUUUUACAAGCAAUGUCUUAGUUUAGAUCCAGUUUCCCCAAACAGCUUUCCUAAUUUAGUCUGUAGCUCUACGCUGCCAUUAGUUUUAGCUCUGAUUUUUGUUAUUUUGUUUUGAACAUCUCCAUUGAUGUAUUUAGUUUCCUGCAAUUCAAUUUACUGCACUUUGCCCCAAAAUUCAUCUUUCU